GUUCCGUCAGGGAUCACACACAGACGGAUCGUGUUAGCAUGUUAGCAUGUUAGCACUGCACACAGACUUCAUUUCCGUGCUACUGUUAGCAUCAACUCUGUAGAAACGUUUAAGUUGUCCAGAUCACCGUCAUUUGAUAUUAAUUUAAUGUUGGACUCUUGCUAAGCUUCUUGGAGUGUUAUAGUGUUCAAGUUCGCCCUCAUGCGACUUUUCUAACAAGCGUACAUCCUCAGUAAUGAGCUGGAGCUAACUCUGCUUUAGAACUGCUGCUACUAUAAACAGGUUAUUGUACAUCAUCAUCUUCAUCAUCGUCAGUGGUUUUACCAGGGAGUGUCAGUGAUCAUUCAACUCAGCAGCACAGCCAUGAGGAAUCUUUGGACAAAGGCCGGUGUUUUCGGUUCAGUGUCCGUAGCUUUUGGCUCGAUGCUCUGGUCCCAGAAAAGCACCGACUCCGACCCGGUUGCCUCCAGUUGCACCGCUACUGACCCAAAUCCCAGUUCUCCCUACGAUCUAAAACUGGUCCAAGUCCUGUUCCGACAUGGUGCUAGAACCCCGCUAAAGUCGAUACCUGAUGUGAUGGAGGUCCAGUGGGUGCCGACGCUCCUGGAGCCUCCAGCUCACACCCACAUCAACUACGUGGUGACGGACCUUCACGGUGGCCCCAGGCCCUCGGCGCCUGUAGAAGACAGCUAUAGGAGAAACCUACUGACUGGUGGCACGUUCCCCGGUCAGCUGACCACGGUGGGCAUGCAGCAGCUGUACGAGCUCGGCACAAGGCUGCGGAGGAAGUACAUCGAGGAGACUCCCUUCCUCGGCUCCACUUUUAGUCCGGCUGAGGUCUAUGUGCGCUCCACUAACAUUGUGAGGACCAUUGAAUCUGCCAAGUGCCUGGUUGCAGGGCUCUUUCAGCAAAAACAAAAAGAAAUUGUUAAUAUAUUCACAACGGGGGCCGAAUCUGAAAUCCUGUACCCGAACUAUCACGGCUGCAAACUGCUCAAACUCCUCGGCAGCCACCGCUGGGCAGAGUCGUCCACUCUGCCAGACAUCGCAGUAGACCUGCAGAGCAUCCAGAGCGCGCUGGGCAUCGCCGCUCACCAGCACGUCGACUUCAUCCUCAUUAGGGACGACAUGGUUGCCAGAGAGACACACGGCCUCCCCUGUCCGCCGGUGCUGGACACCUGGAGGGACAAAGUGGAGCAGAGAGCUGUGGAUAUGAUCUGCCAUGUCUAUGAACCCAGCAAAAGGGAGAACCUGCAGCUGUGCGUGGGACCUCUCCUGCACACAUUGUUAACCAACCUGGACGAGAACGUGCAGGGCACCUCAUCGGAGCCAAACAGGAAGCUGUUUUUGUACUCUGCACAUGACACCACGUUGAUCCCCUGCCUGAUGGCUCUGGGGGUUUUUGACAUGAAAUGGCCACCGUACGCGGCUGAUAUCACCCUGGAGAUGCACCAGCACCGACAGACCAAUGAGGCCUUUGUCAAAGUGUCAUACAUAGACCAGGAUCUACUUAUUCCAGGUUGCAGUGGAGUCUACUGCCCCCUGCAGGAGUUUAAGGAGGCCCUCUCUGCGUUCUCAAUGAGCUCAGAACACUACCAGUCACUUUGUAACAGCACAGGAGGCUUAACCGAGCCCUGAGCCCACGACACGCCGUCGAGUCUGGACACAGCUCCUCAUGACAGUUAACCCCGACACACGCAUCAUGUGGUUUUUUUUUUUUCUCGUCCUCCGUUUACAUGCCAUUAUCAUUAUACCUCACUGUCAGACGACACUGUAGAAAGUCCUGCAUUACAGCCUCGUUCCAGCCUAUUACAAUUAUCUGAUAUCACGUGCUUAGCACAUCAGUGUGUGUUGGCUUUGUGUUAAAGGGUGCUGUCAUUACUUGUGCUCCUUAUUGUCAACACAUCCCAAAGGACUACAAUGAAACCAGGGUUGUCUAAAAUGAUCAAAGUAAGGAUUCCCCUCCAUACAGGAUAGAAACGAUUCUGUGCUGGAUGACACCUUUUCUUAAGCUAUCUUGUUCUCACUUUUUUUUUUACAUUACAUGUCAUUUAGAUGACGCUUUUGUCCAACGCGACUUACAUUUUUACACUCAGCAUUUAUGAGGGGCCAUUUAGGGGUUCAGUAUCUUGCCAAGGACACUUAGGCAUGCAGAUGGGAUAGAAUGGGAUUCGAACCGGCAACCUUCUUGUUGCAGAACACCCGCUCUAUCCCCUAGGCCACUUAACCCUUUGAGGGAGAAGCUGUUUCUGACAGGAAUAGCUCCUGUAGUUAACUUAUAUAUGCGUAUAUUCUGUACUUAAUGGCCCACAACAUUUCCCAUUAAAAUUGAAAUUUUCGGACUCAGUCGAAAGCUCAACAUGAAACACGAGUGAGCACAACAGCAUUAAGUCGAACAAACUAUGCAGGGACAGAUGCGCAGAUGGAAUUACACUGCCGCAUUAUUUUAUGUUUACAUUUGGCAAAUUCAAACUGGCUCCUCUCGCUAAAAUUGGAAGUGCUAUUAAAACAGAUGGUUUCAUUUUUUAAAAGUUAUAUCCUAAAAUGACUAGUCUUAGUGAAUGGUUCUCGGACAUGAGGAGUAAUGUGUGCUUAGGUCGAUUGUAUAAAGGAACACAUCCUCUCAAAUGGUUAUCGACAAGCAUCUUAAGUUAUCGGACAACGAUGAAGGCGUUUGGCACACAGUAGUAAACAGAAUCAACACAUUAUCAUUCAGAGGAUCAACUGCAACUGAAGCUCUUUUAGGGAUUUGUUGACCGUUGAAAAAUACUGAAUAUAAUCUGCCUUUGCUUCAAAGCUUAAACCUUUACUGCACUUUAAUCUUAACAGCAAUAAUCUUUAAGGUUGAAUCAAGCGGCAUCAUUAUAUCAGAUUGUUAAUGCCGUCAUUGUGUUCAUUUUAGUCUUUCAUAUCCAGUCUUGGGGUAGUUCCAAACAUGUACUGUAUCUGAAGUGGAUUGUAUAUUUAUGUGGAGAUGGACUUCUCCAUAACAGAGUAAAACCUGCAGAAAGGGAAUUAUUCUGUAUGUUGAAGACUAAGUUGCCUUUUUAUGGGGAUUUGCUGGUAGUAACGGACACAGUAUAAUGUAUAAACACAUGCCCAUUACAUAUGUUUCUGUGUUACAAUAAAAUGUAUAAUACCUCAUCAGUGGAAGUUUCCAAUGACCAGAGGCAUAACAUGUAGAGUUUGAUUUGUUAGAAAUAAAGAAUUUAAUCAA